AAAAUAUAUUCAGUAUAUUCUAAACAAGCGCGCGACGUGCUGACACGUUUUGUUUGUGCGCGCGAACUCGUGUCUCGCCGAACGAAACGCUAAAAUAUCAACGGUGACUUUGUACCAGUGUUACGAUUACUUAAAAUCAGUGCGUACGAAAUCAGUUUGAAAUUAGUUCGUGAUCUCUCGACGAAUCGAAUGACAUUCGCGUGUUAAUUUGGCGGUAGAAGAUACGAGAGGAGAGACUGCCAACUAAGCGGACUGCCCACGCGACAUCGAAACGUCGAAGAUAAGGCGAAAAACAUCCCGUUCGAAGAAUACGUCGGUUGUUGACAUUUUUUGCAACAGAGAUUGUCAGACCACUCGGGAAACAAUGGCCUUCGAUUCUACGGGAAAUAAAAUUCUACGGGCCGUCUGAGAUUCCGGGCAACUUUCGCGACCAAAAGGUAUUAGUUCCUCGAACUCUUCGGUUCGCCUUCGAAAGUUGUUCGAGUGGUGAACAAAGAACAAGAAGAGGAACCGUUGGACGAAGGACGACGAGCAAACAAAAAGGGAAGAAAGCAGAAAGGAAGGAUCUUGCCAAUUACUGCCGCUCUGGAAUAAGGUUGUGCUCUUCAUUCGGACUGCAGGGGAUAUGAAAAUAUUUGCUCGCGAGUGGGAACUGUCAGAGAAAGAGAAGGAUAAAGAAGACGAGAAAUAAGUCCUUGGAAGAAUUCGAGACGAAAGAAAUUGGAAGCCACGAGUAUUCGUCGUUUCAUCGGAAAGGAUGUUCGAAUACUUUUCCUAAGUUUUUGUUCGUUCAGUGGGAAAGGAGUAAAAUCUGAAGUUACACCUACCAAUGGACCAUGAAGGAGUGCAGUGUGAGCUGGUAGUAGACGAGCGAUCGUCCUCUCGGUUAGUGCCUGGACGGUCAUCAACGGGAUUCUACAACGCUGAAUCGUUCACCCUGCAGGUGUUGCGCACGGCAGGUACGAAGUCGACAGGUGCAAUAAUCGGGGUUGACCCGGUUGUUGCCGCCGGGGCGGCGAUGCGACGAUGAGCUCGUUGAGGAUUCAGCUAUCCCUCUACACCCGACCAGAGCCCCGAGUAGUAGCAAGGCCGGGUCGCCUCACAAGCUGUCGUAAGGUCGAGCACAGAGGAGCGGAAGCUGGUUCAAGGCCGAUAUUAGUUGCUUGGCCAUGGACCUCGAGGCGAGAAACGGGACCGGCGGUAACGACGACGAGGAAUACACGAAUAUUUACUUCAUCGUUGGGGAUCGUAGGGAGACGGUCACCUACAAAGCUGAUCAGGUCACCGACAUGGAGCUUAAGGAACUCUUUAGAAAUGCAGCAGAGGCUGGCCCUCUGGACAUCGUGAAGCUUCGCAAAGAGGACAAGCUGUUGAACAUUUCGGCUAAUUUGCCGGCGAACACACCCGACUCUCCCUAUGUUCUUCAGAUCGUCGGAGCACAUCCGGCCUCGUCUGGGGUGAUCGAGGCGGAAGUGCUGUGGGCUCUCGAGAGACGUGUGGCGGCCUUGGAACAGCAACUUCGGGAGCACCAAGAAGCUCUGAACGCGUCGCCAUCGUAUGCUCUUCGCGAACUAAAGCGGCAGGUCGACAGUUUCAAGAACAAGUUGGAGCACAACGAACAACUCAGUUGGCUGAGUUUCUACAAACAGCUUCCAGAGUCUCUCUACGCGGAUUCCUGCCGCAGAUUGCAGUAUCGUCGGAAGAGCGACAGCAUGAAGCGGAAGGUGCGAGAGAAGUUCCUCAAUAUCUGCGACGUUUCAGUAUCGUCGAACGUUCGGGAGUGGCUACACUCACCAGCAUUCGAUGCACGGCAAUGGGAAGACGAAGAGCUUCUAUUGAUGCUGCAGACGAUGUUCGUCGAGCUGGACCUACCUCAAAAGUUUAACAUUCCUUUACCAAUCCUGAGGAACUUCCUUUACGAAGUUUAUAACAACUAUAACGAAGUGCCGUUUCAUAACUUUAGGCAUUGCUUCUGCGUGGCGCAAAUGAUGUACGCAAUAGCCUGGACAGUGGAUCUUCCGUCACGAAUCGGCGAUCUGGAGGUUUUUAUAUUAAUUGUCUCCUGCAUCUGCCACGAUCUAGAUCAUCCAGGAUACAACAACAUUUAUCAAAUAAAUGCCCGUACCGAGUUGGCUCUGCGUUACAACGAUAUCUCACCUCUGGAGAACCAUCAUUGCUCCGUAGCUUUUCGUGUUUUAGAAGCACCGGAAUGUAACAUAUUAGCGUCGCUGGACAAUGCGACAUAUCGAGUCGUACGCGAAGGGAUCAUCAGGUGUAUUCUUGCAACGGACAUGGCCAGGCACAACGAGAUCCUCGGUCAAUUCACGGACAUCAUCCCGGAAUUCGAUUACUCCAGCAAGGCUCAUAUUAAUUUGUUAUCGAUGAUCCUCAUCAAGGUGGCGGAUAUUAGCAACGAGGCCCGGCCGAUGGAAGUCGCGGAACCGUGGCUGGAUAGGUUGCUGCAAGAAUUCUUCAAGCAGAGCGACGCGGAGAAGCUCGAAGGACUUCCAGUGACGCCAUUUAUGGAUCGCGAUAAAGUAACCAAACCCUCGUCCCAAGUCAGCUUCAUCGGUCUCGUUCUACUUCCUCUUUUCGAGGCCCUUGGGGAACUGCUUCCACAGCUGCAGAACCUAAUAGUUCAGCCAGUGCGGGAAGCUUUAGAAUAUUAUCGCAGAUUGAAUGAAGCAGCGAAGGACGAGCGGCAUCACCGGAAGAGCAUAGCAGACCUGGGCGAGGCAAAUCUGAUAACCGUAACGUCCGGGACCACCGGGUCAGCUAGCGUGGUGAAAUCUACCUCGUCGCACAGUAUGCGCUCGAAACGUUCCAUAGGCACAGUUCACUCGCGAUCGCGAUCCACCGACGACGAGAUGACGGAGAACUUGACGGCGGAAGAAGCGGAGAACCUCGAGAGUUCGGAUCCUGAGACAGCGACCGAGGUGGAGGUGAGCGAGAAAACGUUGAAGUUCAAAAUCUCGACCGAGGGGACGUUGACUGGGCCGGCAACAGGUAGGAAAAGCUACCCGGGUAGUCGAAAGGGUAGUCGAGAAAAAUCGUCACUGGAUUAUCAUAGUCACGACCUAGCCAGGGCUGUUAGGGAUCACGAGCGCGAAAGAAGACGCAGUAAAGGAGAGAAUCUUGGCAGCGACCUGAGCUCGCCCGUCAGUGCGUGGUCCGCGGAAGGAACCAGAAUCCUCGAGGAGCUGGAGAAAGACGAACCCGUUUUCCUAGAUGCGAAAUGGAACGAACGAAAAAUGGUGGAGGGCAACGGUAACGUGGUAGUCGAAACCCAGCAGAGGAACAACCUGAAGAAAACGAGUAGCUUAGUGGAGAACGAUCAGGAGAUGAAGUCUAGUCGCAAAGAGGUACAGAGGGAGACGGUUGGGCUCCGGUGUUGUUGCGAGGAUAAAACAGGACCCAACAAUCACAAGUCCAUCUUUUCCAGAUUAAGAAACUUCACGGAUCGGCUGAGUAUCAGCUUCGACUCGAAGGACCCUACUGCGCCGAAGCCUAUGAAACACGUAACCAAGACGCUGAACAAAAGCAACUUGAUGACCACGGCGACCACUUCUUCCAGGCGCAAUAACUCUCUAGCAGUUUGCAAGCGUUGCAACCUUACUAAAGUCUCGGUGAAAGAGAACAAAGCUAUAGCGACGGUGGUGGAAUUGUCUUCGGUGGAUAAGCGUGCUAUGACAUUGCCAAAGGUGAGGAAAUCGACGGAGUACAAGAACAGAGGCAGUGUCUGGAAGGUGUCGUUCGUCAAGGAGAAAAGAUCGUCCGCUUCGUUGGAAGCUUUACCGAGCGCGAUGUCGGAGAGAUCUUUGGCGAAACACCGGCGAAAUUCUUCGAAUCCCGAGAGCAAGACGCACAGUCUGAAAGAAGCGAAGGAUCAAAAGACUCUGGAUAUCGAGUUUAGAGAAAUUGACGUGCGUACGAAGAAGCAGCAGCAACAACCGGAGAUCGUUGUCAAGCCUGAGCACGGGUCCAGAGAGGCUGUACAAGAAGAUAUAGGCAAAAUAGAAAUUAGAAGAAGCUCGGCGAGCAUGGAGGAUAUCUCGAAGAUGGCGAAGCAGACCGAAAGCGUGAUGCUCGGUUCGUUGGAGCCAAAGAAGACGGAGGAACGUCCACACACGGGUAGUUUGGACUCAAUGUUGUGCAAGGAUUCGGCCAAAUGCCGGAAAAAGCCAACGUACUCUUCGCCAACUGCAACGUCCAAGAAAUCGCCUGGUCUGUUGUCGCGAUUCAAGUCCGGUAUGAGUAUCGACAGCACCAGGAGCAACAGCAACAGCGAUUCCUUGCACGAUCAAAGCUCGCAAUCUCCGAGCGGCUGGAUUUCCUCUCUGACGGCAAGCUUUCGACCAAAGAGGCAGGUAUCGGAAGUUCCGUUGUCGUCGCAUCCUCCGCGUUCAUCGAGUCGCGAGGAGAUCAAGUGAUACGGCCUGGUGGUCGAGGACUCUUCUGAGAAACAGUUGUCGGGCCUGCACAAGUGGCUGGCUGAGAAUAUCUUCUGUUGCAGCAGUUAAGAACGUGUGCUCGCGUUUCGUGUAGUGUCGAUCCACGAACCGAGGGUUGACCGCUACUUUCUCGCGCGUUAAAACUAGAGAAGUCGAUGAUUAUCAAAAGUUGGGAGGAGACGUUGGAGCCAAAGAUCGUUGACGAAGGCUGAAAUUAAAAGAAGAAGAUCGAGAGAUACCGUGACGUUAAGUGCACGGAAGCGAAGGAAAUCGAGUUGACGAUCAGAGCGUUCGUGUUCCGUCGACAUUGUCUCGACUCGAUUUUCAUUAGAUUGUAUCGCCGGCCAUUGUUGGAUCACAUCUGUCUGUUAAAUCGAAAACGAUUAUUUACCUCGACCUCGUGCGCUAGACGUUAUUCGUAAGGAAAUUUCCGAUGAGGCUUUUCUCGAUCGACCGAGUCGCCCCGCGUUAUGUAACAAUCUAUCGACGACCGAUCGAUCGGUCAGGAAAUAUAGUAUCGUGACAAUCCUCUAUCUAAUAGGAUCCGCAUUCCGCCAAUUGAACACGUCUUGACUACUCUGAGUCUGGAUAGACUGGGUCGCGGAAUGUUGCGUUUCUCGCGUGAAGCUCGAAGGGAUUUUAACUUUAAGAAUUUUUGAGCCACGUGUGUUCGGUAUCGGGCGACCACGGACACGAUCGUACACCAUCACCUGGGCGAUUUCCGGGACAAGCCUUCUCUUCGACGAGGAGGCAAAGAAAAACAUUAGCGAAAAAAAUCUGAUUGUUCUGCCGCAUCGCAGAUGAUUUGGCAAAUUAUUAGAAUGUAACAGUCGAAAGAGAGUAGAGGCAGACUUUCAAGUCAGUUGUACGAAAUUCAAAUCACCAUUUAAAGAAAGAAAAAAAAAAAAAGGAAAAAAUAAGAAAAAAUAUGUCUUAGAGUACGUGCGUGUAGUAUGUCGAUUAGCUGUUCCCAAAUGUAACCAGAAAAUGUGUGAGUGUAAUUAACGUUCGUAUCGAAGCCAAACUGUCGAACAGCUGGCGAAUACCAAAUAUAUGUAUAUUGCUCCUAAUUAUCGAUCUCCGUUCCGAGAGCAGAGUGAAUGGAAGAGGAGAGUGUGUUAGAAUGAAAGGGAGGGAGAGAAAGGUAGAAGGAAAAAUUACGUACGAUAAAAUUUAAAUGUCGAGAUCAGGUGGUGAGAACGAAUUGAAAUUAGAGGAAAUUAAUGGUAUAGGAGAAGAAGAAAUUAGAUCAAAAAAGGGAAUCCAAGUUAAGAAAGUAGGAGAGAAAAUAUAUAUGGAUGAACGGCCUGAAAGAUAGAAGAAACUGAGAAGGCGCGGUAUAUAAACUAUUUUAUUUAUUGUCCAAUUAAAAGGAUAGCCUAAUGAGUAAUCAUUAAUGUUGUUCGUUAUUAUACAUAUAUACAUAUAUAUAUACAUAAAAAAUAUAUAUAUAAAUAUAUGCAACUCCCAUCGAAACGCAUAACGUAUAUAAAUAUUAUAAAUACAUAAGAAGAAAAAAAUGAUCGUACGAAGAAGCAGGUCCAUUGUAACACACAAGUUCAGCGUGUAGGUAGAUAGAGAAUGCAGCAGAUCUAGACAGGCACGUCGUGUCGAAUUACAAUUCGAAAAAAUUCAUGCCUCGUUUGAGACAAGAGGAAGAAAAAAAAAAGAACUAAAUAAAUUGGAGAAGAAAAUGGUAAACCUGCCCAGCGACGAAAAACGAGAAGACACGAAAAAGCAGAGAGAAAAGAACGGAAAGAAAUUUUCGUGUGUCGUAAAUGUCGCGGAAAAAAGAGACGAAACCGAUCGUUCGAAUUAUAUCUCGAGGCAAAUACUCGCACGAUUUGGAAAAUGAUUUUGUUGAUCUGUCAGAAAUUUAGAUGAAUGUUAAAUAAACGCUGUUUCCUCGUUGAGAAGGUGUCUUCCUCUGAUUUAAAAACUACGAACAGUUAUUCCAGUCGAGAAUUACAUAAACCGAAAAAAAGUCGUUAGAAAGUCGCCAGUAUCCUCUGAUCUAACGAUUCUUGUACUUCGUCUACUCGUAGUCGAUAAACACCCUAUCCCUGAGAAUGGUAUUCGCUUAUCUACUCGCUAAAUUUUUAAUGGAUCGACAAAAAAUGUAUCCUCCGUUUAUUUGAAUAUUUUAAGAACGCGUUUAGAACGAGAAGAAAGCGGGUAAAAAACGAAAAAUAUGAUUAUAAAAUGGAUACAGCCUAACGUAGAAGAACACCCUUGUGAUGCACGCGUUUUCAGCCUCGACACAGCAUCAAUUCUCUGCGCAACGGUGUCUCGCUUUUUCAUUUUUAGAUGUUUAUAUUUUUAUACUCCACCAGCAAUGUGUCUCUACGGCGAUGAAAAACCGCAUGUAUUGUUGAAGUCUAGUCUUACGUUAUCGUCUUCACGACCCCCCCCAAAAAAAAAGAUUGAAUUUUUUUGGGGCAUUCUUCGUUUUUCUACGGCGAUCGUAGAACAGGAAGAAAAAAAACCCUGUAUCCACGCGAUCGGCUCUCUGCAUUCUGCGUAAUGCUUGUUCGAUUUUGUCUCCCCUCUCGAGAGAAGCCGCGGGAAGAGAUUCGUUCGCUGUAUUUUCGAAAUACCUGCUCCUUUCUGGGUUAAUUUGAAAAAUUCAAUCAACAGGAAGACAUCGAUUUGCUUUUUAAGUAAGAAACUUUGAUCUCGAACUUACCAGUUUAAUUAGACAUUUUUUUUUUCUUUUUUUUCAAUCAAUCGUAGACGUUUGUUAGUCGAUAAAUCUCUUCCUACGGCGGCCAGGACUUGCGCGAGCAUCCUCAGUCUAGCUCUUCCUUGAUCGACCGUAAACAUUGGUCGCGUGAAUCCUUCCAUUUCGUCGUCGAAUCUCGUGGAAUACUCGACCCACGUAGACGAACAGAGAGACAGGAUCGGCGAAUGUGAAGGUGUGUUCGAGCAAGUGAGCCAUGUCGAAACACACAACGUUGUAAACACGCUAUAAUGUAACUUAUUAAACUUCCAGUGGUACGAGGCAAAAAAAGUAUUUGAUCUUAACACCCUCACGAGUAAACCAGAAAAUACAUGUUUCCAUCGAAGAAUCGAAAUUCCUCGGUUCUAUCGCACCAACGACUGAUUAUAAAAAUCAAAUGCUUUUUUCGUUCUAUCACUCGCUGUCUGUGCCUGA